UAGUGCACUAAUGUGUUCUGCGGCUAUAAUGCGACGUACUUAUAAAAAGAAAAGGAUGAUGAGGAGGAUGAGUUUGUUCCCCCACCGGAGCACUCUGGGGAACCUUGAGUUGACCCGUGACGAGAUCCAGCAGGAGGUUGAGAACGACACACAUGAGCUGGUGUCUGAGCUCGUCAAUCUCCCAACCAGAGCCAGAAUCCAGGCGAUACGAGCUCUGCCCAUGACUUUCCAUGAGCGGAGAUAUGUCAGGGGCAGAGUGAUGUCAGUGAAACACUCGAAGAAGACCGACAUGCUCCCGAUGUGUUGCACCGAUUGCCAUCAACAAACCUCUCUGUUUUUCCGCAGGUUCAGUGCUAGUGUGGCCACGGCCCGGAAGCGUUUGGUGAUAUGGCAGGACGCGCUGAAGGAGAUCGGCGGCCGCUUUGGCACCUCCGUCCUCUCGUACUUCCGCUUCCUGAAAUGGCUGCUCAUGUUCAACAUCAUCUCGCUACUCAUCAACUUCUGCUUCAUUGCCAUCCCACAGAUUAUCCACAGCCCCAACAUUACACACACGGUGAACUUCAGAGGCCUGGAGCUGCUCACAGGAGCUGGAUACUUCAACCAGACGGUCUUCUUUUAUGGUGGCUAUAACGGUGAAGUUAUUGUGAGUCAGCCUCCUUACAAUAUGCAGCUGGCUUAUUUCUUCACCAUAGCGGCUUACUUGGUGCUUUGUGGAGUGUCGCUUAUUUACAGCAUGGCCAGAUCCUUCCAGAAGAACUUUGUGUUGGUAUCUGGCCCCACCUACGGCGGCGCAUGGCGUCUUUUGAGCAGCUGGGACUUCAGCAUGGUUAAUGAGAAGGCCAUCCAGAACCUCAAGAACAACCUAGGAAUCCAGUUAAAGGAGACUUUAUCCGAGCGGCUGCAGAGAAAAGCCACGGUGUCGACAUCCACAUUUGUGAAACGGCUCUCGCUUUAUCUCCUGGCAUGGACGCUGUGUGUCGGACUCGCCGUCGCCUCCUGCACAGCCAUCUACUUCCUGCAGUCACACCAGAGUAAACUGGUGCUACCUGUUCCCUGGUCCUCAGAUGAUUUAGGCACGGAGGCGUCCACGCUGAUCCUGCCUGUCGUCGUGUCCCUCAUCAACCUGAUUGUCCCGCUCAUCUUCUCCCUCGUUAAUAAAAUGGAGCACUACACCAACCCCCGCACCAACAUCUACAUCGGCAUCAUGAGAAAUGUCCUGCUGAAGAUAUCCAUCCUGGGAAUACUGUGUUACUACUGGCUCAAGGACGUUCCCAGUACUAUCCCAUGUUGGGAAUCGUUCGUGGGUCAGAGUGUGUAUCGUCUGGUUCUAGUCGAUUUCAUCUUCUGCCUCCUCGGCUCAUUCUUUGGAGAGUUCCUCCGCAACAUAAUUGGAACAAAAUGUAUCCCGAGCCUCGGCGUUCCCGAGUUUGAUAUCGCCACAAACGUACUCAAUCUGAUCUACGCUCAGACGCUAGCAUGGAUUGGGAUCUACUUCUCCCCACUGCUUCCCAUCAUCCAAGUCAUUAAACUGUUUAUCAUCUUUUACCUGAAAAAGGUCAGUUUGAGUAUGAACUGCCAGCCACCAAAGCACACCGGCAGAGCCGCUCAGAUGCAGACGGUGUACCUAGCGCUUCUGUUUUUCACCUCGUUCAUCGGAGCGCUCUCCCUGGUGGCCUACACUGUGUGGAGCCUGAAGCCUUCCGAGCAGUGUGGACCUUUCCAGGGUCUGGACACACCCUUCCAGGCCAUCCACCAGUGGAUGAACGCGGUGCACUACAUCCCGGGAUCUGAGUGGGCCUGGUGGUUUUUCGAGCAUGUGCUGAGGAACGAGCUGUUCUUCUACCUCAUCACUCUCAUCGUCCUCAUUCUGACGUACUUCCUGUGGCAAAUCACUCAGGGCAGGAAGCAGCUCAUCCGCACUCUACGUGAGCAGAUCGUCAAUGAGGGUAAGGACAAGACCUUCCUGCUGAACAGAUUACAGAGCAUCCAGAAACAGAGGAGAGCCGCCGCAGCCUUCGGUCCCCAGGAAUUCUCUGAGAGGACAUACUUCAAUCAAAACUGGAUGAACACGCUACCGUUGGAAAUGUGAGACACAUUAUUAAAGACUUUUGGCCUCCUGCCGGCGAGUAAUUACAAAGUUCCCAUGCACCAGGGCUCGGACUGUUUUUCUGCCCAACAGAAGUCUGAUAUUAGUGGUUUCUGCAUUCCAGUGACAACACACUGUUCGGCUUAAUGUUUUCUGCAUUAAUGCCACUCUUCUACAGAGAAAACAACAACAACAACAGGCUGUGGUUCAUGGUGGAGACUCGUAUCGUAAUACAGAAUUCAGUUCAGUAGACGGCAGUGUUUCAUUACACAGCUCAUGCACCUAAUCAUGUCACUUUAUGUAAAGCUGUUAGAGUUUUAGUUUUGAAAUAUUAAAAUGUUUACAAGUCGUUGUAGCACAUGUAUGAAAAAUAACCAAGGAAUAAAACAGUGAAACGAUACUGUUGAUUUUUAUUGUGAAAAAGUCAUCAUUUUUUUCAUACACUGUACAGACAAUAAUUUAAAAAUGGUUCGGUUCAUCGUUCCAAGAACAUUUCGAUGAUUACUUAAAUUACUCAGCAGCUUUUAGCUUACACCCAAGGAGGAAAAAAAAGAAUAGUGUUUACAACUGUGUGCUAAUCGCAUUCACAUUGUUCUUCCCUUUUCUUUUCUAUAUCCAAAUCCGCAGGACACGUUUUCCACACGCAGAUUAAACCUGGAGAUAAAUAAAUCAAAACGUAUCGACUGUGAACGGAUUUAUUCAUUAAUAGGUUUAAUCUGCUUCUGGAAGAUGAUCCCUGUAAUUUUAAAAGCAACCAUGUAAAAGAGGUUCAGAAAAAGACAGAUUAAAACGAGAUGCAUCAAAACAAAACAAAGACCCACCUUACAAUACAAAACCCGAGGACUUUUCCUAACUAAGUCACAGCCCUCCAGACUAAAACUUGACUGUAGACGGAGUUUAACUUUACUAAAUGAUAACAGAAGUUACGUCUCCAAACGGCCAAAGCGGACGGAUCACGUGCAGGUGCUUUGUUGUUCCCCGAACACAAGCACAGGAAGGUGCAUUUAGCUUAAGGGUGAAGCAGAGGUUUUAUUUAUAGCGUGGCACGUUUAUCGAUUGGGGGGG